UUCCGGAACUGGCGAGAGACGUUUCAAAUUACGAUAAACCUGUUAUAUGGAUUCACAGCAAAGCGAGCAACGAAUACCUCAAAGAGUCGUUUUUUAAAGCUCACGAAGCAGAAGAUGAGUUUGUAGCUUUGGAGUGCUAUCUGAAGUGAUAGAAGAUGAACCACUGAUAUGCUAAGAUGGCGACGUCCAGCCAAAGAGAAGGCGGAAGAGAAUCAGCGCCACCAACUCCCAGCACAUCAUCAACGGAGAAAAAGCCCCAAACUGCAGAUAACGGCACUGGUUGGGAGUCUGCCAGCCCAACAAAAAGAAUAUCCAACAGAAGUCCAGAAGCUGAUUGGUCGUCAAGAAGAAUGCCCCACUCAGCCGCAGGGCGGAGGCUGCACUUGGAAACAGGGGGAUCCAAAGCCCCCCCACCUUAAAGAGGAAGAGGAAGAACUGUGGACCACUCAGGACAAAGAGUGUCUUUUAGGGUCGGAGGAGCCUGAUCUCACCAAGUUGCCACUGACUGGUGUCUCUCUGAAGGCUGAAGACCAUGAAGAUCAAGAAGAACAACAUUUCACUGAGUCGCAGGGGUGGGACUCCACUUUGAAGCAGGAAGAUCCACAGCCCCCCCACGUUAAUAAGGAACAGGAGAAACUCUGGACCACUCAGGAGGGAGAACAUGAACUCACCAAGUUGCCACUGACUGUUGUUUCUGUGAAGACUGAAGACCACGAAGACAAACCACUUGAGUCCCCGCAGCUUCAUCACAGUAGAAGUGAGGAGAACAGAGGGGCGGAGCUUCCAAGCAGCAGCUCAUUGCAACACAUGACAACAAAAGCUGAUGGAGACCACUGUGGAGGAUCACAAGCAGACAACCUCUUAGCUCCACUAUCAGAUAGUGACGACACAACGUCACACUCUCCUGAGGAUGAAGCCUGGCAUGACAUCCAAGAACCUUUCAGCAGUGAUCCAGACUGGGAAGGUGAUAUGAGGACUCACACUGACAACAAACACACUGAAUGCUCUAAAAAGAAGACAGACAUCCAGAAGCUGAAUGGUCCUCAAGAAGAACGUCCCACUGAGGCGCAUGGGUGGCACUCCACUUUGAGGCAGGAAAAUCCACAGCCGUCUCACGUUAAAAAGGAAGAGGAGGAGCCACAGACCCCCCACAUUAAAGAGGAAGAUGAGGAACUCUGGAUCACUCCAGAGGGAAAGCGCCUUCAAGGGCGGGAGGAGGCAGAUCCCACCAAGUUGCCACUGACUGUUGUCUCUGUGAAGACUGAAGACCAUGAAGACAAACCACCUGAGUCCUUACGUUGGUUGUGUCCUUCCGACGUCCAGCAGCUGAUAGAUCAACAAGAACAGCCACAGGAAGGGAACUCCACUUUGAAGCAGGAAGCUCCACAGUCUCUCCACAUUAAAGAGGAAGAAGAGGAACUCUGGAUACCUCAGGAGAGAGAGUGUCUUUUACACCUCAAGAAGGCUGAUCUCACCAAGUGGCCACUGACUGUUGUCACUGUGAAGACUGAAGACAUUGACGACAAACCACCUGAGUCCUCACAGCUUCAUCACAGUCCAAGUGAGGAGAACAGAGGGGCGGAGCUUCCAAGCAGCAGCUCAUUACAACACAUGACAACAGAAACUGAUGAAAACCACUGUGGAGGAUCACAAGCAGAGAGUCUCCUGGCUCCAAUAUCAAACAGUGAGGAUGAAGAUGGGGAGGACGCCCAAGAACCUUUGAAGAGAAUUACAGGCUGGGAAGGUGACAUGAGAGCCCACACUGACAACAAACACUCUGAAUGGUUUAGAAAGGAGACAGGACGUCCAUGGCAAAGAGCUCUGCUGCAGCUACUGGAGUUUUGAACUACUUUGGCAACUUCCUGACCACACUUUUUUGCAAUCAAAGGAGGUGGACGUAGACAUCCAAACCAUUGACACUUGCAUCCCACUGUAUGGCAGGAACAGCACUUCGCUCGUCAUCGUCAAGUUCACUAACAGGAAAUUCAAGUCCGCACUGCUGAAACGAGGAAAGAAGCUGAAAGGUACAAACGUCUACAUGAAAGACCAUGAAAGACCAAGGAAAAGGAAAACGGCUCCAACAAUGUUAUUAAUAUGCCACAAGAAGAUCUACAAUUGGCACGGAUCUGGACACAAACUUUUUUUCUCAUAUCAUAAAUGACUUAAGCGGAGGAGCAAUACAACAAUAAUCUUAAUAUCGGCAAUAAGUUGUCAAUUAUUCACAUAAAAGUUGAAAAGUUGAACAAUUAUUUUGUCAAUAUUGGACCAAAACUGGAAGAAGAAAUUUCAAAAUUCUGGACAAUGGAGGAAAGGAAUGAUACCAUAGAUAGGAAUCCUAAUUCUAUGUUUCUCACUGAUGUUACUAAAAAGGAAAUCACAUUGUCAAUACUUGCAAAGCAAAAACAUCAACUGAUUGUAAUGGAAUCGAAAUGGAAACAAUAAAAAGGGUUAUCAAUUAGAUUGUGGAACCGUUGACACAUAUUAGUAACUUAUCAUUUCAGACUGGAAGAUUUCCCAACAAAAUGAAAAUAGCUAAAUUAGUUCCAAUCUUCAAAAAUCGAGAUUAACAUAAAUUUACAAAUUACCGACCAGUUUCUUUAUUACCCCAAUUUUCUAAAAUGAUCGAGAAGCUAUUUAAUAACAGGAUGGACACAUUUAUUAAUAACAAUGAAUUACUAGCAGAUAAUCAAUACGGAUACAGAGCUAACAUUUAAACCUCCUUGGCAAUGAUUUUAAAUCACGGAAGAAAUUACUAACGCCAUAGAUCACAGAAAGAGUGAUCUCACAAAAGCCUUUGAUACAAUUAAUCACAACAUCCUAAUAACAAAAUUAGAAAGGUACGGAAUCAGAAGAUUAGUUUCGAAUAGGGUUAAAAGCUACCUUGCAAACAGGAAGCAAUUUGUAAAGCUAGGAGAAUACGCAUCUGCAAGUUUAAAUAUUGCGAACUUUUUACUGUUCUCUGGUAUUACCAUAUCUAAUUUACUGUGUGGAGAUAUGGGCUAAUAACAAUAAAAGCAAUUUUCAAUCGCUAAAUGUACUGCAAAAAAGAUCGGUGAGGAUAAUUCAUAAUGCCGCGUAUAGAGAACAUACAAAUCCCUUUUUUAAAUCACAAAUAUUAAAAUUUGCUGAUUUAGUACAUUUUCAAAUAAUAAUGCAUAAAGUUAACAAUAACCUGCUACCCAAAAAUGUCCUACAAUACUUCUUUACAAGAGAGGAGAAAUGUGAUCUUAGGGAAAAACUAAACUUGAAACACCUAUAUGCGAGAACAACGCUAAAAACCCACAGCAUUUCAGUGUGCGGAAUUAAAUUAUGGAACAGACUGAGCAAGGAACUCAAGCAAUGAGCAAAUUCAAAAAACAAUACAAGCAAUUGAUGUUUUCAAAAUGCUUGAACUUGUUUUGUUAUGCUUGUCUCUAUUUCUAAUUAUUUGUUAUUGUACUGAUUAUUAUAUUAAUUGUGAAAAAAAUCUUAGUAAUUACAUCAUCAUAUUGUUACAUUACCAUAUCAUUAUUCUAUGUAUGAAAAACUCAUAUGGAAUACAGGAAGUGAAUCAUAGGUACUGUACUAGAUGUGGAAUGGAUGGGGGGGUAGGAUUAAAUAAGCUUUGCUUCUUCCUACUCCUUUUGGACAUGUGGAACUGAGAAUUGUAAUAUGUGAUGUAUUCCAUUGUAACUUGCAUGCAUGGUCAAAAAAAAUUAAACCAUAACCAUGUCGGGCGUGAGACCUCAUCUCAGACGCACUUACCCAGCAGCACUCGUGGCAGCCGCUGGCCAAUGGACUGCUCUGCUGGGAAUAAUGAAGUUAAAAUAGCUGUUGUUUUUUAAAAUUUAUUUUAAAUUCAUAUUGGUACUUGUCUUGUAUAUUUCCUAACUACCUUUUGAGUGUUCAGUUGCUGUGUGAUGAUUUUAGUGUUUAAUCUAAGAUGACAACUUGAGUCAGACUGUUACAUUGAGUAAUGACCUCCAGUGAUUUCCGAUUGAGGUUGAUAAGCUCAUUGUGAGUUUUCUCGUAGCUCAUGAUUGUUUCCUGUCAAAUAAAGAGCUACCUUGUCCUCACAUACUUGUGCAUGCCACAGUAUGUCAUUUGAUGAUGUGGACAUGUGCAGCUUGUAGUCCGGUGUGGCUUAUAUGUGUACAAAUCUGUUUUUCUCUCUAAAUAUAGUAGGUGCGGCUUAAACACAGAAAAUUACGUUCAAUAGUUCAGUAAAAGAGUUGUGCAUUUGUUGCAAAACUUAAAGGCAUACUUCAGAUUUUUUUAGAUGAAGUUGGAUGACAUCCCCAUCAACAGUGUAGCUAAUCAACAGUGACUUACCCCCGAGCCCCACUUGGUCCCACGAGUCCAGUUCUGGCCACUUAAGUACAGAGUUUGGCUUCUCAAAUCAAUAUGUGAUUUGUGAGGUGAGAUUUUUUUCGAGGAGGCAUUUUUAUGAUGAAAAUGUUUUCUCUUUUGAACGCAUAUUGUUUUGAGAAGCCAAACUCUUUACUUAAAUGGCCCCAGCAACUGAGCAUAACUAUGUUCCUCGGAAAUCCGAUCAGAACUGGACUCGCAGGAUCAAGUGGGGGAGUAAGUUACGUUGAUGUACUACACUGCUGAUGAGGAUGUCAUACAACUUCAUGUUAAAAAAUCCAAACUAUUCCAAAUGUGCAUGUGUUCCACAGCAGAUGAAGGCUGCACAGUGAUACGAACAGGGAGAAAAUAACUCAGAGUGAUUGAGAGGUCUGAUUUUUUCGAGGAGGCAUUUUUACGAUGCAAAUGUAUGACUCUUUUGAACCCAUAUUGUUUUGAGAAGACAAAGUCUUAAGUGGCCCCAGCAACUAACCGGAACUACGUUCCUCUUCACCAAAAUCCGACCAGAGCUGUGCUCACGGGAUCAAAUAGAGGGUAAGUCAAUGUUGAUGCACUACACUGCUGAUGGAGAUGUCGUACAACUUCAUGUCAAAAAAAUCCCAACUAUCCCUUAAACUCACUUUACCUGCGUGUACUGACUCAACUGAAAGAACCCUAGUGAUUUUUGAAUAUGUAUUCACUGUCCCUCUGUGAGAAAUGUAUAUUUGUUCUCAGGAGAUGAUAGAAAGUCCAAGCCAUAUGAGUCAGGUGCAAACAGGUAGUUUAAAAUUAUUUUGUAGAUGCUGGUGUCACAUUAUGAUUAAAAAAAAAGUUUCGAAAGUUCAUCGUUGAUCACUUUCUUCUGUGCUACUGAAAUGUGGGUUA